CGUCGAGCCUGACGAAGGACAUGAACUCUUCCGAAGACCUCUACCGGGCCAACUCCAUCCGGGUGCUGUCGCGCAUCAUCGACGCAACGAUGCUAGGGGCCAUCGAGAGGUACCUGAAGCAGGCCAUCGUGGACAAGAACUCUCUGGUGUCGAGCUCGGCCCUCGUGUCCGGCAUCCUCCUCUAUAAGAUCAGCCCUGAAGUGGUUCGCCGGUGGGUGAACGAGGUCACCGAGGGCGUGAGCUCCCAGCACGAGAUGGUGCAGUACCAUGCCCUGUCGCUGCUCUACCAGAUCAAGGCCCACGACAAGCUCGCCGUGUCCAAGCUGUUCCUGGAGAGCUCCCUGCGCCACCGGUCCGACAUGGUGAUGUACGAGGCGGCCCGGGCUAUCUGCAACCUCCCUGGGGUGGAGAUGAACGACCUCUCCCCCGCCAUCAACGUGCUCCAGAUGUUCUUGACCUCCGUGAAGCCCGCUCUCAAGUUCGGGACGAUGCGCACUCUGAGCGAGGUGGCCGCAAAGUACCCCAUGAGCAUCCUCAAGUGCAACUCGGACAUGGAGGUGCUCAUCUCCGACCCUAACAGGUCCAUCGCCACCCUGGCCAUCACAACCCUGCUUAAAACGGGCUCCGAGGGGUCGGUGGACCGGCUGAUGAAGCAGAUCUCCUCCUUCAUGAACGAGAUCGCCGACGAGUUCAAGAUCGUUGUCGUUAAGGCUAUCCGUCAGGAGAUGUCUCUAUUUCACCUUUGCGACUUCAUCGAGGACUGCGAGUUCACGGCCCUGUCGACGCAGAUCCUCAGCCUCGUGGGGGAGCUGGGCCCGUCCACGUCGGCUCCCGCUCGAUACAUCAGAUUCAUCUACAACAGGGUUAUCUUGGAGAACGCGGCGGUACGCGCCGCCGCGGUGCCCGCCCUCGCCAAGUUCGCCGCCAGGCUGCCUUCCCUCAGACCCUCCAUCCGCGUGCUCAUCAAGCGCUCGCUGCUGGACGAAGACGACGAGGUCCGCGAUCGGGCGACGGUAGCGCUAACCCUCCUGGGCGACAGCGACGGGGAGGACGAGGCCGGUGCCGAUGCCCUCGUGGAGGGGGGGCACGGCGCAGAGGAAAUUAAGGGGGAUGGGCCGUCCACCACGGGGCCCCCUCUGGGGAAGCAAACCACGGCUCACCUGCUUCUUGAGGCCCUCCCGAUGAGCUUCUCUUCCCUGGAGAAGGCGGUGAAGGCCUACCACCAGCACAUGCCGGCCACAGCCGGGCAGCCUCUCGUGCUAUCGUCGCUCCCCGUAGUGGAAGAAGUGGCCGCGCCCACCGGUAUCGUGGCCAAGGGUGCCGGCAAGGACGGUCGAUCGGGCUCUGCCUCGGCGGCGGAGGUGGCACCGAACGACCCCGCUGAGCACAUCUACAAGGUGCCGGAACUGGAGAGGCUCGGACGCGUGUUCCGUUCGACCACGCCGGUCGAGCUGACCGAGUCGGAGACCGAAUACGUCGUCCGCUGCGUGAAGCACAUCAUGGACGGUUACGUGGUGCUCGACUUCACCAUUUCCAACACCAUCGAGGAGCAGAUGCUGCGCAACGUGACGGUCGAGGUGGAGCAGUCGGAACCGGACCUGUACGAGGUGGAAGCGAGCGUAGCCUUGCCGGAGCUCAAGUGCGGGGACACCGGGCACGCAUACGUGGUGCUGAAGCUGGCGGAAGGCAACGCCGCCGAGCCCGCGGCCUUCUCCUGCGAGCUCAAGUUCCAGGCGUUGGAUGUGGACCCCGCGACGGGUCUGCUGGAGGGGGACGAGGACGAGGAAGGAUUCGAGGAGGAGUACCCCCUGGAGCAGCUCAACAUCGCCACGGCCGACUUCAUGGCCAAGGUGAGCCUGGGAGACUUCCGUCGGGGGUGGGAGCAGAUGGGCGCCGAGGCGGAGGUCCUGGAGAAGUUCGCGUUGGGCUUCAAGAGGCUGCAGGAGGCGGUAGCGGCGGUGGAGGACUUCCUGGGGAUGCAGACCUGCGACGGCACCGGAAGCGCGGCUGCGGGCAAGAAGGAGCACGCGUUGCACCUCUGCGGCAUCUUCGUGGGUAAUGUCCCGGUGUUGGUCAGGGCUCAGCUUAACGUGGACCCGCAGGCCGGCUGCAUCCUCAAGAUUGCGGUGCGGAGCAACCAGCCAGACGUCAGCCGAAUGGUUGCGGACUGCAUCCAGUAGUUCUCUUUCUGUAGACCGAACUAAACGCCCUUGGAUUAUUCCAUCAUGUGGACGUUGCCUGGUUCAUUUUUUCUUGUGGGGAUCCUCCGUAUCGUGACACGCGUC